AUGUUUAUUUAUCUCAGCAAGAAGAUUGCCAUCCCAAACAACACGCGGUUGAACUGCAUCGCUUGGAAUAAGGAGCAAGGCUACGUGGCUGUCGGUGGCGAGGAUGGGCUGCUGAAGGUGUUGAAGCUCGAACAGGCCAGCAGUUCGGCCGUGUCGGCACAACCAGGCAAAGCCCUGCAGGCGAGCAACUUGUCCAUGAACCAGACCCUCGAGGGACACAAAUCCGCCAUCCAGGUGGUUACAUGGAACGAAUCCCAGCAGAAGCUGACAUCCUCCGACAAGGAUGGCAUGAUCAUGGUUUGGAUGCUGUACAAGGGCUCAUGGUACGAGGAGAUGACGAACGAUCGCAAAAAAUCCACCGUGAAGGGUAUGGCUUGGACAAGUGAUGGCCAGAAGAUUUGCAUCGUGUACGAAGACGGUACGGUGAUCGUCGGUUCGGUUGAUGGGAACCGCAUCUGGGGCAAGGAUCUUAAGAACGUCGCGCUUACGGGCGUUCAGUGGAGCCCAGACGGGCGGCUACUACUCUUCAGCAUCAAGAACGGCGAAGUACACCUGUACGACAACCAGGGUGUGUUCGUGAUGAAGCUGCAGAUCCAGUGCGUCUAUUUAACGCCAGCUAAAAGCAUGACGGUGGUUGGAUUGUGCUGGUUUCAUCGAGGUAACUCCCCGAGCAGGCCUGUGCUGGCGAUUUGCUACGAAAACGGCCGCAUGCAGCUGAUGCGCAACGAGAACGAUGACACACCCGUCAUAGUGGACACGGGACUGCAGGCGAUCUCGUGCAUGUGGAACCACGACGGCACGAUCUUGGCCGUGUGUGGCAUUAAGUCGAAUCUCAGCAGCGACAAGGACAGCAGCCAGGUGCUUUUUUACUCCCCGUACGGUGUGCACAUCCGCACGUUGAAAAUCCCGGGCAAAGAGAUAACGUCUCUGUCUUGGGAAGGAAAAUCCCUUCGGAUUGCACUGUCGGUGGAUUCGUUCAUUUACUUUGCCAACAUCCGGCCGGAUUAUAACUGGUGCUACUUUAAUCGCACUGUUUGCUACCAAGAAUCGACCGUUGGUGGUGGAGAUGGCAACGUCGACACGGUAACGUUCUGGGAUACGAACGCUAAUCAGUGCUAUACGAAACAAAUCGACUCGAUGAUGUCGAUGGCUGCGUCGGUAGACCACUGCGUGCUCGCAGUCGAAACGCGCAUGACCGGGAAGGAGUUUAGUGUUGUCAGCGAGGGCAAAAGCAAGGAUCUAAUGUACCAGCUGCUUGUUUGCAAUUCCAUCAGCACCACGGUGGAUUCAAAGUACACUGACAUACGACCAGAGUUUAUCACCAUGAACUCAACGCACGUGAUCCUAGCGUCAAAGGACCAUUUUAUGCUCUGGCAUUAUCACACACCGAAGGGUGCUUCAACGCUGCAUGCGAAUCUAAAGAUUAAAGGCGAUCGCAAGUACCACAUCGACGAUACGCCUGCACUGGAGGUGCUGAACGAUCUCGACUCGAAGGUGGCCAACGAGAUCCCACCAAAGGUCGACCCGAGUCUGGAUCCGAUCUGCUGCGUGGCUUCCUCGGAGAACCUGUUACUGGUGGGUCGUGAGAGUGGUCUCAUUCACGAGUACACGCUGCCACAUUUGGUGUUGCGUAAUCGACACUACUUGCAGACGCGCAGCUACAAACUAGCGAUCAACUGCAACUCGACCCGUGCCGCCAUGAUCGACUGCAAUGGUGUCCUGACGACGUUAACGCUGCGUGACGAUACGAGCGAGGUAGAUCCGGCCUCGACGAUGCCUCACAUCGAGCGUAAGGAUGUGUGGGCGAUCUGUUGGGCUCGUGAUAAUCCGCAGCUGCUGGCGAUUAUGGAGAAAACGCGCAUGUACAUCUUCCGAGGGGCUGAUCCUGAGGAACCGAUCACCUGCUCGGGGUACAUCUGCAACUUCGAGGAGCUCGAAAUCACCGGCGUUCUGCUGGACGAUAUCGUGAAAGGUGGCGCAAUGCCAAACACCAAGGAACACCUGCUACAGCUGCGAGUGAAGUCGCUGCGUGACACGGAGGAUCUACUGGCGCAUGUUGGAAUCACCGAAGCGAAACAGUUCAUCGAAGAUAAUCCCCAUCCAAGGUUGUGGCGUUUGCUGGCGGAAGCGUCGCUUAAGAAGCUCGACCUUGACACGGCUGAGUCGGCGUUCGUGCGAUGUAGCAACUACCCGGGCAUUCAGCUGAUUAAGCGGCUUAAGACGAUCCAGCUGGAGGCGCUACAGCGGGCGGAGAUUUGCGCAUUCUUCGGCGAGUUCGAUGAGGCUGAAAAGCUGUACCUGGACGUAGACCGAAGGGAUUGCGCUAUUCGACUCCGGCAGACGCUGUGCGAUUGGUUUCGCACGGUGCAGCUGUACCGGCUGGGUCCGGGGAUCUCUGAUCAGCAGAUGGAGAACGCGUGGCGCGAGAUCGGACACCACUACAUGAGCAUGCGGGCCUGGGAUAGCGCCAAGGAGUACUACGAGAAGGCGCACUACACCGAGGGUCUGAUGGAUGCUUUGUACGCGCUCGAGCAGUACGAUGAGCUGGUCGGUUGCAUGCAUCGGCUACCGGAGAAGAGUCCUCACUUGGCGAAGUUGGGCCAACAGUUAGCUACGGUUGGGAUGUACGAGCAAUCGGUCGCGGCAUACCUUAAGCUCGGUGAUGUCAAAUCGGCCGUAUCGGCUUGCAUCGGUCUUCGCCAGUGGGGGCUAGCGGUUGAGCUGGCACAGAAGUACAAGAUGCCGCAAAUCAACACGCUGCUCAGCAAGCAUGCGGCUCAACUGCUGGAGGAGGGCAAACUACCGGAAGCGAUCGAGAUGCAGCGUAAAGGUGGCCGCUAUCUAGAUGCGGCACGACUACUCAUGAAAAUGGCUGAGGCGGAGGUCGAGAAGCGAUCUGACUUCGUACGAAUCAAGCAACUGUACGUGUUGUCUGGGAUGCUGGCAGAGGAGCAUAUCGAGAAGCAGAUAAGCAUGCAGGCGGCCGGCAGUCGAGCGGUUAUCCUGUCCCAGCUCAGUCCCGAGGAUUCGAUGUUGAUCGAUCAGAUAUGGCAUCGGGCGGAAGCGUACCACUAUAUGUUGCUAGCUCAGCGCCAACUCCGAUCUGGACUCCCACAUACUGCCGUUGUGACAGCGCUUCGACUACGCGACUACGACGACGUGCUGGAGGUUGAGUCGGUGUACGGGUUACUAGCACUCGCCAGUUGCGCCGAUCGAUCCUUCGGGACGUGCUCGAAGGCCUUCAUCAAGCUGGAGUCUUUGGAGCAAAUUUCCGAUGAUCGAAGGCUGCGUUAUGAGGAACUGGCCGUGGACAUCUUUUCCCGCCACGAGCCGCAGGAUGGCAAGAUGAAGCACAUGACCUGUUCGACGUGCGAGACACCGGUCGCUGACUACUGCACGAUGUGUCCCAACUGUAGCGGGCGUUUUCCACCGUGUGUAGCGUCCGGUCAGCCGUUGACUAACCCGACCGCUGCCUGGCAGUGCACCGGGUGCUACCAUCUAGCGAACCCGCUUGAGAUUCACGGCCGCAAGACAUGCCCGUUGUGUCAUCGGCAAAUAGCACCAGCCAAGGGUGCGAUCGGGCUUUAG